CUUUUUCUAUCGUUUCUCACAAAAUUCCUUUCUUUUUCUUUUUUUUGAAAAUUCCCCGCUUUCCUGUUUCUUUUCUCCAUAACCACAACGCACAAACAAACUUACUUCUCCAAACCAUUCCCAUGAAAGUUAAUUCCACCUCUCUCAGAAUGAGGCGAAACUACAACUUGGAACUUCGUCUUUCUCCCACCUACUCCUCCGCCGCCGCCGCCACCGCCUCCGUCUCCGGCAACCCCUCCCCCACCGCUUACGGCAGCCCUCAAAGCCAACAACUUACCAUCUUCUACAACGGCCGGAUCUGCGUCUGUGACGUUACGGAGCUUCAGGCAAGAGCAAUUCUAAAGUUGGCAACCAGAGAAAUGGAGGAAAAUGGUUUGAGCGAAACACCAUCACCGAUGCUACAACAGUCUCCACCGCCACGAACUCCGACAACGCCGGGGCUUUCGAUGAAGAAAUCACUGCAAAGAUUUCUGCAGAAGAGAAAGCAUAGGGUUCAAGCAACUUCUCCAUAUAACCAUUGAAAAUAUAUUAAAACUAAUUAAGGCCAUUGGGGGCUUAAAUCAUGUGUUCUUAAUCGUUUUGGUCCUUUUUUUUUUGUUUUGUUUUCAUAUUAUAUAUAAAUGAUGUAAGAGGAUAUAAGAACAUCUCUAGAGGCUUUGUAAAUUACUAUAUAUAUCUCAUUAGUUUUUGUUAA